CGCCGUGCCCCGCGAUGCUGCAGUGCAAACACGCGCAGGAGUUCAGCUUCGGGCCCCGCGCUCUGAAGGACGCGCUCAUCUCCACCGACCCCGCGCUGCAGGAGCUCUAUGCCAAGGCCUUCUCCAGGGCGGAGAAGCUGUUCCUGUCCGAGGCCUACAACCCCCAGCGCACGCUGUUCUGCACGCUGCUCAUCCGCACGGCCUUCGACUGGCUGCUCAGCCACCCCGAUGCCCCCGAGGACUUCGAGACCUUCUACCACGCCAUGCUGAGGAGGAAGCAGAACUUCUGUCGAAAGCACAUUUACCUGCAGCCUAUAGAUUUGAUCGAAGGCCCCGCUGGGCUCUCACUGCUGGAUUCCCUGCAGAGCUGUGUGGAGUCUUUCUUCCUGGGCCUGCGUGUGAAGUGCCUUCCCUCCAUCCCAGUCUCUUCCAUCCACUGCUGCUUCCGCCACAGCCGGGACUCGGACAGGGUGCAGCUCCACGCAGAUGGGAUCCUGAAUUUCCUGAAGAACAACAAACCCAUGGAUGCCCUGUGUGUCCUUGGACUUACCCUGCUGGACCUUUACCCAUGUGAGACCUGGAGCUUCACAUUCAGCAAAUUCCUGCCAGGACAAGAAGUGGGAGUCUGCAGCUUUGCCAGGUUUUCUGGGGAUUUCCCCCAGGCUGGUUGUAGCAGCCUGAACCCACCCACACAGAAGGAAGAGCUCUGUGAAGUCAGCAAGGAGGGCAGAGACCGGGCCUUGCAGUUCAGUGCCCAGGAGAUGGUCCAGUGCUGUAAGGUGACCUGCCACGAGAUCUGCCACCUGAUGGGGCUGGGGACGUGCCGCUGGCUGCAGUGCAUCAUGCAGGGCGCCCUGAGCCUGGACGAGGCGCUGCUGCGGCCCCUGGAGCCCUGCCCCAUCUGCCUGAGGAAGCUGCAGCACGUCGUGGGCUUCAAACUCAUCGAGCGCUACAGGAAGCUCUAUGCUUGGACACAGACCGUGCUGUCCACAUGGCCAAGGCAGGAGUCAGCAGAGCUGUCUGCCUCCGAGGACAUCCUCCCGUUCAGCUCCGACUCCGGGAUGUGCUGCGAGAACGACUCCGAGGCCGUGACCUCCCUGUCCGAGCCGCUGACCCCCGACACCUGCAGCCAGGGCCUGUCCCUGGGGCCAGAGCUGGAGCAGGACGAGCAGCUGAGCUCCCUGCAGGAGGGGCAGGGCCAGCCCCGGCCCCCCGGGCACACCAAGGCCCCGGACACCAUCAAGGAUUACGAGCUGUGGCUGGAGAUGUGCAUUGCUGCCCUGGAGAGGAACGUCUCUGAGGAGGAACUGGCUCAAGUGGACAAGAGUGUGGACGCCCUGGCUAAAUGGGAAAUGUUUACAGGCCAGCUGCCUGCUAUGAGGAAGGACCUGCCCUUUGCUAGGGACAGCACUGGGCUACGCAAAGUUCUUGGAGACAAAUUUUCCUCCUUGAGGAGGAAGCUGAGUUCCAGAAAACUGUCCAAAGGGGAAUCGUCCCCUCAUCGCUGGCGCUGGGAGGACAAUUAGGCUGGGGCAGCCUUGGGCCAGCUUUGCUCACGUCACUGGUUCCAGCUUUCCUCACCCCAGGCUGCUGCUGUCUCAGAGAAACAGCAACUCCCCCCAGGAAUAAAAGGUGUUUUUGUUUUCUGA